GGAUAAGCUAAAGUAUGACACGUACAAGUUGUCGUUCUCCUGUGUCUCGUUUGCCUAAGCACCGCAAACAUACGAAUAGCGUCAAAUUCGAUACACCACCAACUGAAAUGAAAAGAUGUUUGGUCAAACUGAAAAAAAUGGUGCCAACUAUUGAACGAAAUAAGAAAGUUAAUCAGCUGGAAUUAUUGCAACAUGUUAUUGAUUAUAUACAAGACUUGGAAAAAACCCUUCAAUAUCCUGAGGAUAUAUUAACAUCCGUCAACGUAUCUAAAUGUUCGAGUCCUAAGGAAAAAAUAACUAUGUUCUCGAAGACUUAUUACGCAACAGAAUGCUCGACGUAGUCAAAAAUUCUUAUCGAGGGAAUAUAAUGUACUGUAAUAACUAAGACAAGUUUCCGGUAACAUUGGAACUUCCAAGUCUUUCAGUAGGCACUAACUACACCGUUGAAACUAAGAAGUUGAAAUUUCAUUGUAGUUGCUGGAUAUUCGUGUGUUUAGGCUGCUCAAAGUUUGAAGUUGACCUAGUUCAUUUGAAUGGCCGGUAUGUGUUUAUAUCCAACGAACUGUAGCAAAAAAGGAUGCCUGUUACAACAUGUAAUAACCCAACAAAAUUCUGUUACUGCUACUAGCUCCAGUGUUACGACUGCGAAACAUUGCUAUACAGUACUUGUGUAGCGGGAAAAGACAGGUUAGAUGCAGUGAGGAAUGCAGGAUUGUAAAUAAUGUAUCUCUGUAUCAUACUGAUUUGCCACGAGUAAUCAAAAAACCACCUGCUUCGGUUUGGGUACCCGAGUAGUAUCAUAACCCACACAAAUUAAGUGACUUAUGUGGUGCAUAUGUAUUCGGUACCCUUUUUGUAACAAUAUUUAUGUUCAAAUAAAUCGAAAAUAAUGAGGUGUAUAUUUUAAACAUUCGUCAAUAUAUGAAGUUGGAUGUAUUGGAUUGGUUGUAGUCAACACUACUUCGUCUAAUUUAGCAUAGAUAUAUAACCUGCGGAUUUUACAA